AUGGAGAUCACUGAGGCAGAGGAACACAUUGAGAAAUAUAGAACUGAGUUAAAGGAAUUCUGCAAGUCACUCUCCAUUAGUCUUUGUUUGGAGGAAAGGUUUUCUUCAAUUCCUCAUCUUCAAUGUCAGACAGUUACUCUUUUAUUUGAUUGGGAGCCUGAGGAACAUUUACUCAAAGAUAUCAUGGAGCUCCUUGCAAAAGUAUCCGGUAAACUACUGAGGAUUGAGAGACAAGAUGUCAGACAAAAGGAACUAAAAGAAAAGGAUCAAGACUUACUACAACACACAGAGGUUAUUUCUUAUAUUAUACUUGAAGAAGCUGAAUAUAAACUAAGAGAUGCUACCAGUAGCAAAGAGAAGGAAGCGAUUGAAUUGAAACAAGAACUAUCAAAGAUGAAAGUAUUGACAGAACUUGAGGCAGAAUCAUUGUUCAUUCAAAGUGAUACUGAAUCAGUUAAAGAAGUUGAGGAAGAACCACUUUAUGAAGAGUUGACUGCAUUGAGGUCUAAGUUUAAUGAGAUAAAAGAUUUGCCAAACAAUUUAUCAAAAAUGAAGAUUGAGUAUUUGAGAUCACUUUCUAGUAAUACUGAUUCAGCUGCUAGCAGAGUGAGAAGAGGAAUGUCUUUUGAAAUUGAUGACUGCCAAUUUCAUCUUAAAGCAAUGACAAGUCCAGACUAUCAGCCAUUAGUAGAUAAUAAAAGAAUAAUAGAGAAAUUACAAGAAAGAAUAACAUUAAUGACUGAAGAACUAAUUACUGAAAGAGAACACAAUGAGAAGAUUAUAAAAGAUAUUAAAGAUCAUUUGGAAGAGAUUGAGGAGAAGAGACAGAGAGAAAUGAAACGAUACAAAUUAUAUUGUAAUCAUCCUGUUACUGGUAAAUUAAUAGAGUCAACACUUGAAGUACAUAAAGAUGAAUUACUACCCAGUGUACUGGAUAAAGCUUAUGAGUUAAUGGAAUUAGCUCCUCAUAUUCCUAUUGAGAGAUGUCGUUUAGUUAAAUAUAAUCCAGGUUUUGCAGCAUUACAUGAGUCCUUUGAUCUUGAUGAGUAUGGAGAUCAAACUAUUGGACAUCUUGCUGGCGGGACUGGAGUUCAUAUUUCAUUUGGGUUAUUAUUAGAAAUUCGUAAAGAAAAUGGAACUUUUAAGAAAUACAAUGCUGGAGGUAUUUAUUUAAAGGUAUCAGUGGUUGAUCUGUCAACUGGUGAAGUAGAACCAGCUGUACCAGUGAGAGGAGAAAGAGGUUGGACUGUUGGAGCAUUAAAACAGCAUAUAGGAGAAGUAUUUAACAUCAAUUUAUCAUGUAUGAGAUUAGUAAGGAACGAGUACAGUCAUAAAUUUGAUGAGCUCAGAAAUGAAGAAAGAUUGAUGUUCUUUGGAUUAGACAAAUUCUAUGUAUCAUCAGAUCCUAAAGAUUAUCAAAAAAAAUUCAAAGAUAGUUUGAUGUACAGAUAUAUUAAGUUUCACAACAACUCAAUACUACUGAACAUUACACUACCUCCUGGACCUGAAACCAUACCCACUACAACUAAUAUAAGAGAGGGUGAAAUAAUGAUAAUGAUAUCAAUGAAGAAUAAAGAUAAAGGAAAAGAAAGAAAGAUACAGGUACGAGUUAGUAAGAGUGUAACAUUAGCUCAAUUGAAGGAGGAGCUAGUUCCACUGAUUGGUGUACAACCUUCUGGUUUUAGAAUGUAUAGAAUUGGUAGGUAUGGAGAAUAUGAAAUAAAGGAACUAUAUAAGGCAUUAAAUGAUGCCUCGAAAUUAGAGUUGAGAGUAAGACUGGGUAGAGCAUUAGAAGAAGGAGAGAAAAGAGUUAAAUUAUAUUUAUUACAAGUUAACAAUACAAAGUUUUGUAAGUUUAUGAUGGAGUCUAUUGUUACUAAGGAUACACCAGUGGGAGAAUUUAAGAAACAAAUUAUUGAAGAAGCAAAAGUACAAGGAAUUGACUGUGUCCUUGAAUUAGACAAAAUGAGACUACGUUACAAGAUUGGAGUGUCCCCUGGUGGAAUAUAUCUUGAUCAUGAGAGGAUUAUUAAUGCUAGUAUGGAAAUGUAUGUGGAACCAUUGAAAGGACCAGAGAAGAAGAAGCAUGAUGGACAGAGACAGGUGUAUGUUAUAAGAUGGCGUCCAUCACAAUGUUCAGUUGAUCCAAUAGAAGAAAUUAUACUGGAUAAUGAUGAUGAUUUUAUGAAUGCUAUUGGAAUUCAGACAUGA